AUGCUGUAGAAAAAACGCAUGUAAACAAGAAAAAUGUCGCUGAGAGCAACCCAAGCUAAAGAAAUGAACGGCCAGACAGACGUCGAGGUCGACUACAAGCGAAAAUAUAAAACUCUUAAACGAAAAUUAAAAUUUCUGGUUUAUGAGCAGGAAUGUUUUCAGGAGGAGUUGAGAAGGGCACAAAGAAAACUUCUAAAAGUUUCUAGAGACAAAAGUUUUCUUUUGGACAGGUUGCUGCAGUAUGAGAGGGUGGAUGAGGACUCCUCAGAUUCAGAUGCAACAGUUUCUUCAGAGAACAGUGAAGGCGAAGGACUAAGGGAAAGGGAAAGAGAACGAGAAAUUGCUAAAAAGAGGAAAAGCAGCCCUGGAGCAUGCCUUUCUUCCUCCUCCUCAUCGCCUCAUCUCUCUCUGCUGUCUCGUCCUGGGGUUAACCCCCUGCAGUCAUCCAGUGCCGGAUCUUACCUCAACACCAUGCCCUUCCCACCAGAGUAUUUGGCACCGCCAGUCGAGCGCAUGAAGAAAGAGAGAAAAACAAAGACGGCAAAAAACAAGAGAGAGGCCACAGGGAAGGUUGUUGCUCCGAUGGCGGCUAACUACACGUCGCCUUCUGGAGCCGCUCAGGCAGCUAGAGGGCCCUUCAGCUGGGUUCCUAAACAAAUGCUGAGCGGAGACGCUGCUGAUGAGGAAGGUGAGAGCGACGGGGACAGCGACAGGGGCGACGAGGACAGAGGGGAGGGAGAUGAGGCUGAGCUCGUCAUUGACAUUCCCAAUGAGUGAGCGAGCAGGAGGAAGGAGGAAAAGGAUGACAAAAAAGACUUGAUUUUUUUUCUCCUGAAAGCCAAGCUCCCCCUGGUGGCUAUAGGAUCAAUUACAGUGUGAUUGGUAAUGAUAAUUUGCAGAUUACCGUAUUAAUAAAGCCAUGAUCCGGUAGUAUUUCUUUUUGUGAAGGUGCACUUAUUGUGCAUUCCCUGGAUUGAACAGAUGUUUGAGUUUUUUUGUUGUAGUAGUUUUUUUUUUUUUUGUCUAACCAGCCAAUUUAGUACAAUCUAUACAAUGUUUUUCUCUGAAUUAGACAAAUUUUGACCUUUUAAAGGAAAAAUGUAACCCAGGGUGUCUAUAAAUGAGGUCGUUUUGAAUCCAACAGAGGAAAUAGAAUGCAUCAUUUUCACCAUUUUAUGCUCCAAAGCAUUGGUCCAAACCGCAUUUAGAUUUAGUUUUUUUAAUUGUCUUCAUAGGGGUAUCUUGAUGUCAGUGCUCUAUAUGUUCUUGAAAGCUCAUAGCAUUUCAUCACUGUUACAUGGACCACAUCAAAGUUGUGAUUAUAUGGUACUUUACUGACUCAUUAAUGCUCCGCACAUUGCAGGAUCAGUUUUUUUUUUCUUUCUUGACAGCUACAGAUGUUUCGCCUUAAGCAGAAUUUUUGUCUAAAUAUGGAUCUCUAGUUAAGGAUUAACUCGAAAGCUUCCACCUUGUUCUGAUAUAGUGGCACCUAAAACCUUAAUCUGGUUCGGUGGGGUUAUUAUGUGUAAUUGGUCUCUCUAAAACAUGUUGUACUAUCAUGAGCUUGUUAAAUAAGCCAUUACCACAUACAGCAUGUGUUUUAUGCUACGGCAGAAGUGACAGACUUGUGUGAAAUCUAAAGGCUUGCACCAUUUUGGGCAGACUGACAAAACUGAUGGUGGAUUGUUGCAGCCUCACUGCACAUAGGAACAGAGAUGUUGUCAAGGAACAAAAAGCAACAACUAAACAUUCGCUGUUUUGACUUUCUAGACUGUUAUUAGAUGCUAACAGCGUUCUGUCCCUCUGGUAUGAGUAUGUCUAAUAUGAGCUUAUCUGCCAUAGCUUGCUAAAAUGGGCCACGUAAAUCUGACUGUCUGCUAGCUGCAGCUGCUCCACAUAUAUAUAUUGAUAUUUCUCAGAAGUUUGUGAUGAUAUGACAUGGUUCUGCUGCAGGUAGUAAAAGUAUUACCCUGAUUAGCUGCAGUUGGUAGCUAUCUAGAUCAAAAUAUUCAUUUCGUGUGGUAUUUGAUAUGCUGAUCAUGCUAAUCAAUGCCCACUUGUCUCAUGACUCAGUAUCUAAUUUGAUAAUUUCUGCUGCUGUUUCUAUGUUUCCAUUGACUGUUUUAUCCAUUAACAGUCUGUGAUCUCAACCACGGUCGUUCUUCUCUUUUUUGCUUUUCUUGGUUCAACCACCGUCUCAAAAGUUUGUCAUUUGUAACCACAGAAUUACAAAGUUGUACUUGUUACAGUUCUGACAUAAUUAAUGCCUUUUUUAAAAAUACAUACACAAUUUGUUUUUGCACCUGUACUGUUGUGUGUCAAUGUCUUUUCAUUUU